AUUUGCCACGCUUUGCUCUACCCAAAUGGAGCUAUAAAUAGCUGCAACUCGACUUGCCUUAAAAAUAGUCGCUGCAAAAUGGUUCUACCUCGAACUUGGAUUGUUUUUGGGCUAUCUGUGAGCAUCGCCUGCCUGGCUAGCGCUGCACCUCAAUUGCUGGGCUUCGCUGAGGAUGGGAUCUACGACGACAAUCUGAGGUUUGCCUCCUCCGCCACUACGAUCAUGGACAAUGGCCACACUUUGAUCCACGGCACGGGGGAUAGCAACAAAAUCAGCUACAAUGGACACACAAUCCUCGUGGAACACGGCAUCAUCCGCCUGCUGGAGGGGGACAAACCCUACACCUUCCGUCCGCAGGCGGCCAAUGUGGAGAAGAGCAAAUCGAUCAGCAUUAAUGGCCACCCAGCCACAGUGCAGUUCUCGCGGGGCAACAUUUUUGUGCAUCUGCCCGACGGCACGGUGGUGGCCAAGAGUGGCAACAGCUACUUUGUGGGCGAUCGCUAUGCGGUGGAGAAUCGCGACACGAUGCUGCACAAAGGCCAUCUCUAGCAGAGUGGACUCUGUGGACUUGCAAAUAAAACAACAAACGAACAACAUUCGCUUCGCUGUGCUCCGCGGGGGCGUCAUAAAAAUGCUAAAUACAUUUACUCAGAAAAUACA